AUGCCCGUCGCCCACAUAGGCCUCACAGUCGCCCAUCUUCCAACCUCGACAUCCUUCUUUCUCUCCGCCCUCCAGCCCCUGGGCUACCGCUACAUUGGAGAGUCUGGCCACCAAAUCGGACUAGGCAUUCACAAUGCCGACUUCUUCCUCUGCCAAGAGACGCCUGGCGUAAAGGCUGGUGCCGCACACAUUGCCUUCACCGCUCCUAGCACAACCGCGGUCCGCAACUUCUACACCGCGGCAUUGAAAGCUGGCGGUCGCCCCAACGGAAGCCCAGCCACUCGAUGCGCGGAAACAGGCCACUUCAACGCUGCAGUACUUGACUUUGACGGAAACAGCAUCGAGGCCGUCUACCGCAACGGGCCCGACAUUGCAGAAGACGGCACCGUUUACCAGCACAGCAGAAUCAUCACGUGGUCGAGAACAGUCACCACAACCACCACCACUUCCACUUCCACUUCCUACCGCGAGAGCUCCUCUACCAGCAACACCUACACGUCUGCCUCGAGAACCGCACAGACGACUGCCGCACCACCACAGGCCGAGCCAGCUGUUGCAAAACCACCCACUGUAGUCCGAAGCUUCUCUGCAGACGACGUCAUGUCUUCCCCCCCUCAGCAGCAGGCCGCCAAAUCAGAGUCCGGUGAAGGUGCCGGCAAGCAACUCUUUGGCGCACUUCUUGGAGCCGCUGCAGGAGCUGCUGUUGCCUAUGCAUUCGCCCGGAGCGAACGUGACAGCGCAAAGAAAGAGGCCGAAUUCAACGCUUUCCUCGAUGCCAAAAGCGCGGUCAAGACGGCGGCUACUCUUUUCGCUCAGACCCCGGCGCAGCCUGAACCACCCCAGCAAACCCCACAACCCGAACCGCCAGCUCAGCCAGCGCAGCCCGCACAGCCCGCACCUGAGACGACCGCUCCGCCAAAACCUGCUCCAUCAGUACACCGCAACAACGAUGACAACGACGACGCGCGGUCAACCUAUUCACGCGCCUCUCAGAUUCCAAGGUCAUCAGUCCCCCGCCAAAUCGAGGCUGCCCCGGCCGACUACUACUCGCCUUCCCAGUUUGGUGCCCCAAGUGCCCUUGCCCAGGCUCGCGCCCUCGAGUAUGCAAAGCCGCUUGAGAUUGAGUAUGCGCCCGCCUACUCUCGUGCACCUUCAGCCGCUCCCUCGAGGCUUAGGCCAUCUGACCGUGCCAGCACUAGCCCCGACUUGUUGAUGCUUGAGCAGGCAAGAGAGCAGGCAAGGAGCACAGUGUCGGCAGCCAGGCCAGAGCCCACAUCUUCUUCGUCUUUGAAGCCACCACGACCACACAAGUCUCACAGUGUCGUCUCCAAGGCAUACAGCGCAGCUCCAAGUGCUGCAGCUAGUUCUUUCAUUUCUUCUUUUGUCGCCGACGAUGAGGAUAUGCAGAGCGCUGCCGGUAGUGUUCGUUCGCAUCACACGAGCAGAUCAAAAGCAAAGUCCUCGCAUAGCAAGCAUGGUAGCAGUCGUAGGGAGCGUGAGGCUUCUCCCCCACCAGCUGAAUCCAAGGUUCCUCCCAAGGUUCCUUCCAAAGCUGCCUCAAUUGUCAGCAAUCUCUUCAAACGUGACAAGGCCAAGACCCAAGAGGUGGUAGAAGAAGAAGAAGAAGAUGAGGACUUUAUUGAUGACUUUGAUUUUGACGACAUGAGUGAAGACGAUCUCGACACUGUGGUGCCCAGUGACAGCAUCUCGCAGAUUGGCGAUGGUCCACGCCGCAGACACCGAUCCCACCGUCACAAGAGCAAGGAGAAUGACGAUGCCGAAACCUCUGUCAGCCGCCGCAGCAGGAAGCAUACCGAUAACGCUGAGUCUUCGACCACCCACCGCAGCAAAAAGCAUGCUGAUGACGACGAGUCCACCAUCAGCAAAUCGUCCAGGCGCUCUCAUCGCUCUCGUUCUCACAGGACACCUGACUCGGCCGAAGACGAUGAAUCUCUGCGUCCCCACCGUUCCUCCCGGUCCUCCAAGUCCAAAGCUGCUCACGCAUCCGAACCCAGCGAAGUCUCUACCGUACGCCCCGUCAAGACAUCAUCCUCAUCCUCGUCCGGCAAGUCUCGCAAGGAUAGCCUGACCCAAGGACAGUACGAUCAUCUCUUCGACGAGGUCCAGUACGGAACCGGCAGCGUGCGCGCAUCCAGGCAUCCUCCUUCCCCCAGCAUGGUUAGUGCUGCACGCAAGAACCCGAUGCGUAGUAUGAUUAGCUUUAAUCAUGCGCAAAAGGUGAGGAACUUUGAGGGAAGCCAGGCUGGCAUGUCGCGUGAUAGGGACGACUAG